AUGAUUCCCCGGCCUUCGAGCGCUGCCACAAUUCGCACUGCUAAUGAGGAGGUCCUCAAGCUCAAGCUGCAAUUGGCUGAGGCUGAGGCCAAAAUUGACGUUCUCCAGAAUCGCACAGGAGUGUCUCCCCUGCCCAUGCCGUCUGAGCAGAUGCACAUCUCAAAGCCUCUGGCUGGUGUGGCGGCUCCGUUUUUGAAGGAUAAGUUAGCCGUUUGGAGUCAAGCCCCGGCUGUCACUGAACGGUUCCCUAGCAUGCAGCGGGAACGUCUCACCCCCGGUGCCCCCUGGGUGAACCCUUUUUGCCCUCUGCCCGAGGUGGCUGGAAGUGUCCCUGACCCAGCCGCAAACCAAUACGGGUUGAUGGACCCUUACCGCGGUCCUGAGAGGCUUACCCCCGAUCCUGAGAUGACGAUGCGUCCCCCUUCGAACCGUCGUGGUGGUCGCUAUGGAGGCAAUCGAAACUUUACUGCCAAUCCCUUCAUUGGCGGGUAUAAUAAUUCAGAUAUUGGGCACCACGGUCCACCUCUCGGUCAAUUUGGCGGUGCUGGAGCGCUCAUCCCAAGCCCGAGCCCUCUUGGUACCCGCCUAUUUCCAACUAGCUUUUCGAAUAAUCAGAGUCCGGUGCCGCUCUCGCCCCAUGCGGUUGAAUUUACCUCUGACCGCAACUGGAAGAACGAGGGUAACUGUUCCGAUGGCACAACCUACCUCCCACCCACGGAGCCUCUGAAUUAUCGACGGCUUCUUGAUAAGAAUGUUAGCUGCAACUGGCAGUACAUUGUCGAUAAGAUUGUCUGCAGCAACGACCAACAGGCUUCCAUAUUUUUGCAGCAGAAGCUAAAGGUUGGCACCUCGGAGCAGAAAUACGCCAUCAUUGAUGCUAUUGCCUCUCAGGCAUACCCCUUGAUUGUAAAUCGCUUUGGAAAUUUCCUCAUUCAGCGAUGCUUUGAGCACGGGACACCUGACCAAGUGGCUCGGAUUGCGGAAGCAAUUCGAGGCAACACGGUCAAGCUUUCUAUGGACCCUUUUGGUUGUCAUGUCGUUCAAAAGGCAUUUGAUGCCGUCACGGAGGAUUAUAAAACGGUCAUGGUACAUGAGCUCCUGCAGCAAAUCCCAGAGACGGUUAUCCAUCGUUAUGCCUGCCACGUCUGGCAGAAGCUAUUUGAGCUUCGCUGGGUCGAAUCCCCGCCCCAAAUUAUGGCGUACGUCAACGAAGCCCUUAUCGGAAUGUGGCACGAGGUUGCGCUUGGGGAAACGGGCAGUCUGGUUGUUCAAAACAUCUUUGAGAAUUGCCGCGAGGAAGACAAGCGCCCUUGCGUUGAAGAGGUCCUCGCUAAUAUUGACUUGGUUGCCCACGGCCAAUUUGGCAACUGGUGCAUUCAACACAUUUGCGAGCAUGGUGCACCAGCCGAUCGCGGACGGGCUGUCGACCACGUUAUUCGCUAUGCCAUGGAGUAUAGCCUCGACCAGUUUGCCUCGAAGGUUGUGGAAAAGUGCCUCAAGGUUGGAGGCAACCAGUUUUGUCAGCGAUAUCUGGACCAGAUUACCAAGCGAGACGAUGACCGGCCCCGCCUGCCCAUUAUUGACAUCUCGGCGGAUCAAUACGGCAACUACCUGAUUCAGUGGAUCAUUAACAAUUCCCAGGAUCCGCAGCACGUAGAAACCGUUGUUGCCCAUAUUAGAAAGCACAUGGUCUCGCUGCGUGGAUCCAAGUUUGGCUCCCGAGUGGGCAUGCUGUGCACAAACCCAGCCAGCGCAACCCGACCCGGCCCGGGUGCUGGACCGGGUAUGGGAGGAGGCCGUCACGGCAGUAGAUUCGGAAACGGUCCCAACUACCGUUAG